GUUCUGUUGCCAAAUCAUCAGAUUGCACAAGGAAUCCUAAAACCAAUUGCAAACUUUGCACUGAGGGUAAAGAUUAUAUGGAUAAAGACAAUUAUAUGUCUACUUGCCUACGAUGUAAUUACUGUGAUGCAGAACAUGGGAUGGAAACUGAAAAAAACUGUACCAUCACCCAGAAUGUACAAUGUAGGUGUAGGAUUGGUUUCUUUUGCAAUUCUCCUAAGCCGUGCCGCCACUGUGAGAAAUGUGAUCAGUGUGAAAACGGGAUCAUUGAAAAAGACUGCACCCCAACACAAAACACGGUUUGUGGAAAAAAAGAUAGCGCAAAAGACGAUUUGCGAUGGCUUUGGUUAAUUCUGCUUCUUGCAGUGAUUGUGGGACUGAUUUUAUGGUGGUGCUGUUGUCCAGGGUACAGAAUUCAAAGGAAGCGAAAUCAAAAGGGCCCUAACGAUGAAUCAUAUGAACUUAAGAAAAUUGAGUAUCCAGAUAUUAACUGGAAGCCUCACAUUCCUGAAAUUGUAUGUAAUAUGGAAGUGAACCAAGUCAGAAAGCUUGUUCGGAAAUUGGGUAUUUGUACAGCUCAAAUCGAUGAGAUCUCCCAUGACAAUGUACACGAUUCUUCUGAACAAAAAAUAAAAUUACUGGAACGUUGGCACGAAAUGCAUGGGAUAAAAGGUUCUCUUCAGACUUUAACCACCAGUCUGAAAGAACUUAAAUAUUAUGAUGCAGUUGAUAAAAUUAAUGAACUAAUUGAGAGAAAAUUGAGCCAUCCAGAAGAUUAAAAGAGAUGACACUAUGUGAUCAGAUUGGACUGUUUAUGUUGACAUGGCAUAUUUCGGCAUGCAUAACAUCAGCAACAGGACUAGUUGAUACAGCGGACAAACGUCCUUCAAAAAUUACACUUUGCUACCUCAGGCGUUCUUUGUCAAUUGCAAUAUCACUGCUUUACCAGAACAUAAGACAUUACACAAUUCACAAAGGACUUCUUCUAAUUGAAGUAUGAUAGUGUGGUGUGUAGGCAAACAAAAUAACCUCCACAAAACUUUUGCUGGUGGCACAUUGAUCAUGUUUCAGCAGGGGGCAGUGUCUGAUUACAGGAUCGUGUCUGGGCUCAGAAUCUAUGUACAAAGAUGGAAGAUCUCCAGUGAUGUAGACCAGGGGUCAGCAAUCUUAAAUACUCAGAGCCAUUUGGAGCUGUUUCCCACAGAAAACACCAGGAGUCACAAAACCCUUCCCAUGCUUGACUAUUUCCUGAGUGGCCACAAAACUAGCAUCUGUACUUGAAUUAAACAUUCUGUUUUCUUCUGAAGCUUUUAUUUUCUUGGAUUUAUUCAUGGUUGGCCUACUGGGGUCAAAAAGCUCAAUAAAUCAUGCGCCGGCAGGUGUCAUACAUUGGCAGUUGUGACACACAUUUUGAGUGAUG